UCCGCUCCGCUCCGGCCCUGCCCAUCCCGGGGAUGCGCCGCCUGCAGUCCUCCACGGAGAAGACAACACAGAACACCGGCGGCUCUCCUGCUCGGCAACACACAUGCUAUUCUUCAUCGAAAACAAACACGCCACCGACAACCCGAUACAAGAUGUACCACUCUGACCAUGGCAUAGACUUCCCUGACCUCUCGUUCCAAAUCCCUGGCAGCCCUGCAGAGCUGUGCCCAGCAAACAACCUGUGAACACGACUGUCUACACACAACGCUUCGACCUUUCUCUUCACCCUCACUGGGCCUCUCUCUCUUUCUCUCUCUGCUUCUCUAGCUCCAGUCCCACCCUCCCUCCUCUUGGACCAUGGACAGCCCUCCUAAACUGUCUGGCGAGACCCUGAUUGUGCAUCACAUUCCCCUGGUGCACUGCCAGGUGUCAGGAGGCCGGCAGGGUGGCUGUGGAAGCUCUCUGAAGAGGAGCAACCCGUUUAGCCCACCGGAAAACCUGGGAUUGAGUCGCACCACUUCCCUCCCAGAGAGGGAUGUCCUCCAAAGGGAGGCUCUGCUCUACAGCAGCCUGAUCCAGACCUCCAGCGGCACCUGGUCCUCUAACAACGGAGGAAGGGGAAGGAAGGGUGGCGGCAGAGGAGGCAGCACGGCGAGUGACGACUCAUCGUUUACCUCGAGCAAUUCAGAGGACCAGUUGAUCACGGCGCACACGUUACCGAGGGCCAAACCACGAAAUCGGAAUCCUUUGCGCCAUAAUCCGUUCCUACUGAAUACCGAGGAGGACGAAGAUGACGAAGAGGAGGAAGACGAUGGCGACAACCUCAGCGGUUACCUUGAAGACUCCUCUUUUCACCUCCACAGUGACACUAACUGCGACCUUCACGACGGGUUGGCUCCCUUUCAUUUGCACAACCUAGGGUUUUCUUCUGAGCCGUUUAUUUUGCACAGCUCCGUGGGAGGGAGUCGCCGGGAGUCCCUGAGGGGAGUAGCCUCGGAUCUUUCCAACCACCUGGACGACCUGGACAUCUUGGGACUGGACAGCCAGCGUCGCCAUGGAAGCAGCGGCUCCAACAUGUCCAUGGAUUGUGGGGAGCAUGACUGGGGUGAAGACGAUGAAGAAGAUGAAGACCACCCGAUGAGGUGCGGGCGAAGCAGCAAGACGGGCUCCUACUCUUCUAACUCCUCCAAUCAGCACUGCUCCUGCUGCGCCCUCUCGCAGAACUACCCGCAGCAUUUCCCCGAAGCCUUCUCCGAGCCUUUCUCAGAGUGCCUGCAGGGCUACGGCAGCGACUCCUCUUGCAACAGCUCUGAUGGCGUUCUCGUCAACUUCAGCGCAAUCUACAACAAGAUGAACAACAGUGUCCCGGAGAAGCCGUCGGUGGCCGGGCACACCAACCUCAACAGCUCCACUGACCACUCCUGCACCUCGUCUGUUUCCGAUCUGCCCGGAAAUCGAGACACGACCGGAGGGGCUUUCUAUUUGGACCUUCACACCUCCCCGACCGAACCUCCUCUGUCACAGCAACAGCCCUCCUGCCUUGGCAACACCUUCCCUCUCAUCCGCGAACCACACCUGUCCUCCUCCUCCACAUGUUCCUGCUCUGCAGAGCACCAGGAGGCUCUUGGCCUCGACGCCAACUGCAACUCCUACCUCCCUCCUCACGGCGGUUCCUCUGGUGACCUCGCUUCCUGUCUGCAAAGUCAAGCACGCCUGGUUGUCGCCACCCAGAACUACUACAAACUGGUCACCUGUGACCUCUCGUCCCAGUCGUCCCCGAGUCCCGCGGGCUCCUCGGUCCACAGCUGCUCCGACGAGCACAGCAAAGGCAGCCCGACCCCGACGCAGCCCAGUGAAUAUUUUCUGUUCAGGCAGCGAGCUGAAGAGCAGGGUGUGGAGGAAGAGGAGGAAGAAGAGCCAUCGAAAACGGAUGAUAAUAAGAAUGAGGAUGAAGUGGAUGAAAAGGAGGAGGAGGAGGACGAGAAGAAGAAGAAGAAUCAGGUGGCAGCCGGUGGAGGUGAAGCAGCUCCAGCUGUGAUCGAAGGCCAGGUAUACGUCAACGUUUCACCUCCCGUGGCUGGCCGAGGCCUGAUCGGAGCUGGGUCCUCCUCAGGAAGCCGCCUUCGUUCUCGAAGCUACGAUCGCAACCUGGACAAGUCUCCUUCGCCGCGGCUCGGCUCCCUGGAGCGCAUGCUGAGCUGCCCUGUCCGGCUCAGCGAGGGCGCCGCGCCGGUCCCGACCCCCCCUCCGCGGGUCACCUCGUUUGCGGAGAUCGCCAGAAGCAAACGGAGAAAUGGAGGCGUGGGUGGGUCGCCGUCGCUGAAGACAGCCGGAGACCCGUUCGCCUCCACUUACUCCACCCACUCACACUCGUCGGUGGAUUUCUCUCCCAUCCCGGAGCAACGCGUCGAGGUGGACAGUCAGACCCUGUCACCGGUGCCCUUUACCAGAUGUUACAGUCAAGGCAGUAUAGAGCGACACCUGGAAGGGACGAGGGAGACCAGAGCAAAGGCAGAAGGUGGUCUCUCCAGUUCCUCGGACGGCCGCCCGGCAGUGGUCCGCUACAGCAAGGACCAGCGGCCCACCACCCUCCCCAUCCAGCCCUUCACCUUCCACCACCAGUUCACCUCCAAACCAGCCCAGCCCAAGCCCCUGCUGCCCCUGCUCACAGGCUACGUGUCUGGGAUGCAGGCCCGCUCCAGCUCGGGCUCCGGGUCGGGCUCCGGGUCUGGCUCGGGCUCCGGCGGCCCCGUCGGGGAGGCGGCGGGCGACGACCCGGCCGAAAACGCGCACAGGUUCCAGGGUUCUCUCGUCACGGCGGCUCCUCCUCCUCCUCCCGGAUCGGUUCGGCCUUCGCCUCUCGGGAGCUACUCUCCGGUCCGGCUCCAGGGGGCGCCCAGCUCCGGGACGUGCUCCACCUGCACGCCCAGCCCUCAGCCCGCACACAGCCUCUCCUGCCCGCUGUCAGCAGGCGCCGGCGUCCUGCGCACACCACCCACGCCUAAACAAGGCGGAGGGUCAGCGGCGUUGCCCCCGACUCCUCCGCCUCCGUCGCUGGGGGCGAAGAGAGGGAAGGUGCCGCCGGUUCUGCCACCAGUGCAGGGACAGUGCAUCCACCACGGAGCGCUUCACACCGACACUCUGAGCACGCUGGGCUGUCUGGACUCUGGGAAGCACGUGGACGGAAGCAAAGGAUCUGGAGCCAGGACGCAUCAUGCGCACCACCUCUCUCCUCAGGCUCUCAAGUGGAAGGAGUACCGUCGUCGAAACCCCCUGGGUGUGGAGAGGGUCUCGGGGGCCCACUCCUCUGCAGGAUCAGGCCCCCUCUCUGGUAACAUGGAACCCAGAAGGGGUGGGGGACCACGACCUGCCAGGCGCAAUGUGUUUGAUUUCCCUUCGGCCCACUCCGGCCACUCGCUCGGACGGCUACAUGCAGUGGGCCAGUCGGUUAAGAUGCAGCAGAGCUACAGCGACUUCUUGCCGGACUACUUCUCGCUCACGGAGAGGCCUCCAGAGGAGUUCUGCCUCUCCCCCGACGCUUCCACGUCCUCCUCCUCCUCCUGCUCUUCCUCACAGUCCCACGUCUCUGUUGACCUGGUCCAGAAGAGAGGUUUAGUGAAAGCUGUGAACACAGCGGUGGAUCUGAUUGUCGCACACUUUGGCACAAGCAGAGACCCGGAUGUAAAGGCUAAGCUGGGGAACAGCUGGGUGAGUCCCAACGUGGGCCACCUCAUCCUGAAGUACCUGUGUCCGGCCCUACGCGACGUGCUGCAGGACGGUCUGAAGGCGUACGUGCUGGACCUGAUCAUCGGCCAGCGGCGUUGUCAGCCCUGGAGCCUCGUGGAGGCCUCCACACAGCUGGGCCCGUCCACGCGUGUCCUCCACAGCUUGUUCUCAAAAGUGAGCCAGUACUCGGAGCUCACGAGCCACAGCAUGAGACUGAACGCCUUCAUCUUCGGGCUGCUCAACCUCAAAUCUUUGGAGUUCUGGUUCAAUCACCUCUACACACAUGAAGAUAUCAUAGCGACACACUACAGCCCGUGGGGUUUCCUCCCCCUGUCCCAAGGGGCCUGCCAGCAUCUCUUUGAGGAGCUCCUCCUCCUCCUGCAGCCCCUCUCCCUCCUCCCCUUCGACCUGGACCUCCUGUUCGAACCGCACCUCCUCCAAAAGGGGCAGGAGCAUCUGCGUCGCAAGGAGCAGCUGUGCUCCGCUGGGCAGAGCGCCGACCAGUCGAGCCGCUCCACCUUCCAGCUCAUGAGGGGGCUGAGCGUCACCGUCGGCGAAAUGGUCCGGGACUCCGGCGCGGAGGCGAAGAAGGAGAGGACGGGGCUGAGGAGGGAGGGGACGUGGCCGAGGAUGGAAGGGGCCAGGUCGAGAAGACUGGGGACGUCAGCUGAGAGCAUGGCGGCCGGGCCCGUUGGCAGGGCGACGCUGAUGGAGGCGGGGUUCGCCAAUCUGUGGAAGGAGAGGGGGAUGGAAGGGCAGAGAAUGAAAGGCGUGGGUCAAGAGAGCAGCGCAGAGGGAGAGGAUGCACAUGAGAAGGACAGGAGGAAGGACAAGGCUCCUUCAGGGGAGGGGCGCCAGCGGCAGGACAGACAGGCCGGCUGGUGGUUUCAGCUCAUGCAGUCCUCCCAGGUCUACAUCGACCAAUCGGCAGAGGGGUCAAAGUUCGUCAGGACCGAGAAGAGGAAGAAGUCGUCAGAGAGGCGACAGAACCAGCUGCCGCCCACGAGGGAAGGAGUGGUGGAAGGGGCCGAGUCGAGCCAAGAGGGGGAGGGCAAAAAAAAAAGGAGUGGCGCCGGCUCAGCUGGCCCCAAGGGACGGCCCUCCUGGAUGGGCAGCCCCCCGGAGUCCGUCCUCAGCCACGAGAAAGAGGCCACUCCUCUGGAGGCCGCCGAGGCCGGAGCCCAAGCUGCAGCCCAGGAGGAAAGCCCCUCCCACGGGCAGAGUUUGCGCUGGGGGAGGCUCUUUGGCUCCAGCGUGGGUUCUCCUUCCAGAGCGGAGGCGGCUGAACAGAAAGGAAAAGUCCAAAAGACAAGGCCUCCGUCCGGCUGGCUCGGUUUGGAUCGGUCUGUUCUCGACCUCGUAGCUCAGACCAUCGGAGGAGGCAGCGCGAAGAAGACGGAGAAUCCUCCAACACCGACUCAGACCCAAACCACCGCACACCCACCACCGCCGACCCAAACAACUGAAGCCAAACAGUUAUCUCAGUGCGAAGUGCGAGCGCUGUGCCACCACAUAGCCACCGAGCCCGGCCAGCUGAGCUUCAACAAGGGCGACGUCCUGCGGGUCCUGAGCAAGGCCGAUCCCGACUGGCUGCUGUGCUCCCUGGGCUCCACCGAGGGCUUGGUCCCCAUCAUCUACGUCACCCUCAAAGGCAUGGAGGACAGCCAGGAUGUCAGCGGACUCUGGAAGUACUGAGCAGAGGGCGAGGACCUCACCCAACAGAUGAAAGCCGUCUGCUCCGAAGACGGAGGCUGCCACACGUCUGCUGGUGUUGGCUGUACAUUGGGAGUAUUUCUAAAGGAAAAAAUAAAAAAAGAGACACCGAGGGAAGCAUGCAGGCUCAACCACAAACGCACAUCUGCUCCAGAGCAUGCACACAUCCAAAAACCAAAAGACCUGACGAGAAAAACCAAACCCAAAGACUGUCACACGCUUCUCUUUCUCUGUUUAUGUGCGAAGCUGCUGUCCUACGAGCUUAACCACGCGACCAUCCAUCUCUACUUUGGACAAAACGACGAGGGGGGUGACGCGCGGUAGUUCACAAUAUGAUAAACUAUACCAUGCCUGGCUGCACUUUGCUGUACUCUCUGUGCCACUCUUAAAACACAGUGCUCAGACUCUCCCCUCAGUCCCUGGACAGGUUCAUUUCCUGUUGCUUAACUAGUGCUGAUCAAUCCUUUCAUUCAUAGAGAAGCCAGUGAAACUUAAGAUUUACGGUGAUUGAUCUCCAUAUUAUUAUGAUUGAUAUUAUUAAAAUUACGAGACGCUGAAUGAUUGAACAUCCACUGACACAAACACCAAUCCGUUCCCUCCUCUGUCUUAUCUGGUCACUGUCCAUCAAAGCCUGACUGUUGGGUAAUAAUCUUUUAUUCCUUCCUUCCUGAGAAGGCAAAGCCAGGAUGAAUCGGUGGCGCAUGUAACUUUGCAUAAACGUUUCCCCGCGUGCCACCUGCUAAAGUUUAAUCUCUUCCAAGAAGACUUGACGCCAUUUACGUUUAAAUUAAAUCUGUACUGCAAACGCAUGCACCGAUCAGCCACAACAUUAAAACCACUGAAAGAGGAGGAGUGAAUAACACUGAUCAUGCUGGGAAACUUUUGGAUCUGGUAUUCGUGGUGGAUGUUACUUAGACACGUAGCAGCCACCUGGACCAGACCAGACACCAAAACGUUAUAGCAAGGACGCAGCCUGACACAGGCACACACACAAAAACACUACUAAAAAUCCCAACCCACAGGACCUAAACACUAACAACAUCCUAACAGGACAGACCCGUGUCCAUGUGGUCAUAAUCUUAGGCCUGAUCGGUGUAUGUGGCUUACAGGUAUGAUGAGUUCUGUUUAUUUAUUGGCCUCUUUAGCUGGGGUAAAAAAAAAAAUCAGGACGAGGAUGGUUCCCUUCGCCAGGAAAUUCUCCGAAUUAGUUUCACGUUCUGCUUUCAGAAAGAUCUCAGUAUGCCUUAAAGUGCUGGAGGGAGGAACAGGCCGUCACCACAGCCGACAUCACAGCUUAUAUUUUAAAUAUUCUACGACACGUCACAGCGGACGCAAAGAUGCUCGUUUGAGUUGUAAGAAAGCUACGGGGAAAUAAAGACGCGUGGUGAUAUUUUUGGAUGUUUAAAGGGAAACCCCAGCACGUACGGCUUCGCGGGCGUCCGUGCCGUUACGUACCCGCGACCCGUCAAGCCCCGGGUGUAAAAAUGUGGCCUUAGGUUCAGACUGCUGACAAUUCCAGCUGUAUGUAUUACACCUGGAUAGAAGUUAACGUGUAUACAGAUGCCCUCUCCAGAUAUCACACACGAUGAAGUGGUAAAGGUAAUGUACAUUUAUUAAAUACAUGAAUGCUUGUGUAUUUUUUCGAAAGCCUAAACAGAAAACUAGUUUUUCUUUUGUUGCUUUGUUGUACAGUUUUAUUUUUAGCAUUUGAUUCUCAUUGAAAACUGUAAAUAUAUUUAAAUCUUUCAGCGGUUCAUUUCUGCCAUAGAGUUAUAUGUACGAAUGUUAUUAAUGAUUUUGUCGGUGCAUUAUUUCCCGUUUUAAUCCAGAGAGCAAGUAUAAGCUUCAGUUCCAAUGCUAACUAACCUGCUGACUGUAAUACGAGUUACCUGUGGUAGUAGAAGGGUUUCGAUCCUCCCCGGUUGGUUUGCUGUUCAUCGACAUCCCGCUCAGAGUUCACGUACGGACAUGAACACAUCGUAGUGGUUAAACCAGAGAGUCGUGCAUCAAGAUGCUACGCUCGGCGUAAGAAAGAAAGAAAGAAAGGAGAGAAGGAAAAGAAGGAUGGUUCUCUCUGUUCUCUGUUUUUCCUGGCUGCCUCCUGCCUGUAAAUACCUUCAGCAUCAGUGGCACCGCUCUUCUCUCUGUGUCCAGGCUAUAUGAUGUGUACGUAUGACAUUAUCAAACUACUAUGGAUGUUAAAUAACAAAGUGCUCAUGUGGUCACGAA